AUGGCGCUCAUGUCGAGUCGCGGCCCCCCAAGUGCACUCAUGCUCCCAGAUAUCAUGACGGUUUCGUGGGUGGCGACUAUCCUCGGUCUGACACGAGCACACCGUGUGACGACUGGCUCCCCGCCACGCAUACAUGCCAGACCUGGAGAAAGGUUGCAAUUGCAACAACUCGAAUACCAGCGGUCAAAAUCAACACCGUUGUAUCUCUGGGCUUGCGGCUUCACUUCGAACUUCCGGACCGUGUCCAUGGUACUCGACUCCCAUGCGAGCCGUCUCGUGCAAGUCGAAAUUAUGGGCUUCGAACCAGCGUGUAGAAUCGAUCCUAACGAACUGGGCGAAUGGAACGAUGAGGGGCGAUGGCGCUUCUCAAAGACCGCACUUUACGAGGGCGUCCCGAACUUAUCGCUCGACGAUGAGACCUAUUCUGCCAACUUGGCUCGUGUCUUUCCAGAAGAUUUCCUAUGCGCUCUACAGGGGAUGCCUCGCUUGCACUCUUUACACAUCAACUAUGGCUUGAAGCCAUGUUGGUCACUUAAUCAUCCUGUUGCUGUCACUUUACCAGUUUUGUACGAUUUGCAGGUCCGGGUGGCAUACAUGUGGGACCUCAAGUUCUUGAAGUACAUGACUCUCCCCUCAAUAAAGUGCAUUGCUUUGGGCUGCGACGAACUUGCGGGUCCCGAGGACAUAGCAAUUACAGUUCGCCAUAUACACGCCCUCCUUCCGCCCCACGAAACCAUGUUCAUAGUCAAAGCUUGUCGUCACGAGGAUCAACCUGCAUCUCGAACCGUAUUGAAACUCAAUGCCCAACCUAUGGAUAAACCACCGGUCGGCCUAGUGUUUGCAUUUGUGGGCACGGAUUGCUUUCGAUCUACCGAUCCCCUUCAUACCUUCCAUCCACUUCUCGGCCCCAUCCGCAUUCUAGAUUUUGACGGAUAUGCGGAAGUCCAGAGCGACAAAGACCUUGCUCCUUUCUUCCGCGCCAUGACUGCAGUCACAGAACUACGUGUCAGCGACCUACGUGAUAUCACCUUCAUCCUCCAGCCUGAUGAUACACCCGAAACGCUGAGCGAAGGCGACGUGCCUAUGCCCUAUGCGCUUCCUAGCUUGAAGAGGAUCUCCCUGUUACAGGAGAGAGACCUAACGGAUACGAAGCGGCUGGUUAUUCGGGUUAGGGAGAUACUUUUGGAGAGAAAAGCACGGGGUGCCGACAUUGAUGUACUGGAGGUUGUUCUCGAGCGUGGACACAAGACCUGCAAGACCAACAUCACACUGCAAGACCUCGAACCUCUGUCAGAAGUCACUGAGGUCGUAUUUCAUGACAAGGCGCAUGAUGAUGUUUGUGAUCAUCAUUACCUCUCAAUCAUCUGA